CCUCCUUCACUCUUGGAAUCAAUCUACCCCAAAAACAUAGAGUUGAAUCGCAAUCAUGUCUGUAACAAUUCAUGUAAUUCGCCACGCCCAAGGCCCUCACAAUGUAACAGUCCAGGCUCGUAUGACGCCCGACCCCCAUCUCACCGCAGAGGGGCUGCAGCAAUGUGCACGUGUGCAACAAACAUUUCCUUUCGCCAUUGACGCUAUUAUUUCAUCGCCGCAAAGACGAACUAUUCAAACUGCUUUAAUUUGUUUUGGAAGUUUUGUCGCUGGUGGAUUACGCCCUCAAUUACUCGCGGAUCUACAAGAGCCUGGUAACCUUCCGUGCAAUGUGGGAGUGGAUCUUAAAACACUCGAACAGGAGUACGGACCCAUAAUCAAUACAGAUAAUCUUGACGAUCAUUGGUACCGAACAACUACAGCAUUGUCUUCAGACCCAACGCAAAUUGCAGAGCGCGCCCAGCGAGCGAGAAGGGUUAUUCGAGAACGUGCCGUGUCCAUGCUCCAGAGCGUAGAAGGCCAACCUGGUAACCAUGACAUACACAUCGCUGUUGUUACUCACUCAAUAUUUAUACCAUUUUUAACUGGUGACUACUCCGGUGGAACAAGAUUCUUCCGCAAUGCGGAAUGGCGGUCGUACACGUUCAGUGACUUAAAAGGAACUGAUGAUAUUGCUGCGCUUGUAGAAACUGACCAAAGUCUCCAACGACGCGGAGCUACGAGGCCGCAGCCAACUCAAAACGUAGCCGGCCGGAAUGCCAUAAUAAGCCGCGUACUCGAUAGGGCUGAGCGAAAAUCAAGCCUGUUACCACCAGCUCCCCAAGCACCAUAAAUAACAUGAAUUUCUACAUCCCGAUUGUGCUAGGAUGGACAUCUUUGGUUGGCGCUUCUGAUGAUGAUGGCGAGCUCCAAAUCCCAUAAAUCUCCUAAGGCCGUUAGAUACUAAUAUGACUGAUGUCGCUGAGUUUUAACGAGAAAAAGGCGGGAUUAGCCAUACCUUGAUAGUUAUCCUCUAGCUAAGGAACUCUAGAAUAAAAAACAAAAUAAAAAAC